GACCCUGUGCUGCCAGCAGAUAACCUGGACACUGGUGAUUUCGAAGCCUACGAUGGGAACUACGAUGGGAACCUCGAAGGUGCUGGUAGCCUAGCCAACAGCCAGCGACAUUCUGUUGAACUGCAACCUGCAAUACCUCCUCCACAGCCCAUUGAAUUCAAAACGAUGUAUCAUCCUUCUGCUGGUCGUGAACCACUCCUUCAAACAUUUGAGGAGUUCGGCGUCAAUUCGCAUCCUGAGGAAGAGCUUCCUGUAGAUGAAGAGCCCAGGCAUCCUUUCUGUUCCCGUGGCGACUUCGAGUUUGCGGAGAUCACACUCAAUGCCGCACUCAAUAAGUCACACAUUGAUGUGCUCCUUGCGCUCAUUGGUCGCAUAUUGAGAGGAGAGAGCCAAGUAACUUUUGCAAAUGAUAAUGAGCUGCACAAAGCUUGGGAACACGCAGCUGCUCAGCACAACGGCAGGGUGUUUGAACAUUUUUACAACAAGCCUUGGAUGGGUGAUCGAUGGUGGGACGUCCAGGCAUCAUCAACAAAUCAGAGUCGCCUUCCAAAUGACAUUAAGGCUGCUCCAUUCUGCUUCAUCCUAUAUGCAGACAAGACAAGACUGUCGUCCCAUGGUACAGUAAAGGGAUAUCCUGUCGUGGUCCAUUGCGCAAAUUUGCCAGUUGGCAUACGGAACAGAGAGGGCAUUGGCAGUGGCCAUGUUGUCGGGUGGUUGCCAAUCGUAUCUGAAGAUGCAGAUGAAGAAGGCAAACCAGGCUUCGUAAACCUCAAGCGUGUCAUAUGGCACGAGGCAUUCUUAAAACUGUUGGAACUGGUCGUGCAACACUCAAAGUCUGCCACCAUAGCAAAUGUCCCUGUCCGAACAGUGGAAGAAGCAAUAGCCGCACUCAAUGUUUACAAGGUCAGCAAAGCUCGAGGCGAGGAACUACUCAAGGCAUUAGGACUGCGUGCUGUCGUGAAUGUUUUCUGGCUCAUUGCGCACUCUGACCCUCAUCAAGCCAUCAGUUUUGACCGCCUUCAUGCCCUCCAUCUUGGUAUGUGGAGGCACCUACUCGAGGAGUUGAAGAAAAUCCUCAAAGUGCUUGGAUGUGAUGAAGAGUCAAAGGUUAAGAAAUGGGUUGCUAGUUUCCCUCGAUGGCACAAUCUUAAUCAUUUCAGCACCAUCAUCCACAUUACCUUCAGUGAUGGUAACAAGAUGCAAGAUCUAUCCAAGCAAGCCUUUUAUUCUGCAGUAAACGUCUUGAACCAGAGGACUAGCCCAGAAGGGUAUAAACUUCUCCACGUUAUUAGUAGCUAUCUGCAAUUGGAUAGCUAUAUUGGUCUCGACAUGCAUAUGUCAAGCACGCUGGCAGCAAUUGAUGCUGAACUACUUGUUUUUGAUAGUGCACUCAAGGACUACAUCAAAUGUGCUCUCUAUUCUCCCAUCAUAGGUCUUAAGCUUGACUGGGACUUUCCAAAGGUGCAUCUCUGGAAGCACGCAACUAGGGACAUCCGAAUGAAGGGUGCAGUAUGCAACUACAGCACCCGUCCGAAUGAGAAGCUUCAUGGCCCCCUCAAAGAGGCCUAUGAGCGCCAGUCAAAUGGAAAGGACGUCGCUGACCAGAUACUGUGUGUUGACAAGCGCAAAUUCGCAGUCAAAAUGUUGAGAGCGCACGUGGAUGUGCUUGACGAGCGGUGCACAUUGGCAGGAGAGGGCAAUGAUGACGAUGAAGACCCGAAUCCUGUUGCUUUUGAGGGGCACAUCAAACUUGGUUCCAUGCAACAGCCUGUAGCCAUCCAAGACAUUGAGACCCAUAGCAGCCAAUUGGAUCGUGCGUUUCAAGGCUUUCAUAAGAAGUUUUCCGAUUUUAUCAACAACUCAUUACCAACAUACGGAUAUCGACUGGAAAGAUGGGUCACCAUACUGACAAACUUCUUGAUUCAUGAACAUCGCUUUCUCAAAGUUCACUAUGAGUCUACCAUCGACUGGAAGCAAACUACCAACUACCUUCGAUGCACUCCAGGCUUCCAUGGGCAACCGCGCUAUGACUGCGCACUUAUACAACUCACCCAGGAAGUAUCAGUCUUUGUUCGCCUUGUUUUAUAUUCAGUUGUCAGCUUCUGGAUGUUGGUUCCUUCGAGUUUGCACUGGUUCAGCCAUUCACUGCUGGCAUUGGUGCUUCUCGCAGGUCGGACCGUGAUCUACAACUUACUUGUGUCAAAGCCGUCCCAAGGGCAAGUUCGAUCUUCGUUCCAGUCCAGUCUUUCAUUCGUGGCGCUGUUUGUUUCCCUGAUCCCCAUUCCCGCACCACAACUUCUGUCAUCUUCACACAUCACUUAUGCUCCGACAUCUGCGAGUUGUGCUGACGUGAAUGCAGUUGCCACUGUCAACUACCAGACUGCAAUGUCUAUCAGCAAUCCGGGAGGGCCUGCCACCACCACUCAGCUCCAACUCGAAGUUGACAUUGGCCAGCUCUCGCUGGAUGGCGCUAGAACUGACUUAACGCCAUCUGCAUCCAAGGGUGGUAGGGUGUCUGCGGCUCAACAUCAAGCUAUCGCUCAGGCUGCUCAGACUCCGGUGGACUCAGACAUGGUCCCUGGUGUUCCUUUGGCUCCUCCUCCAGCACUCAAGCGUGUUACACGCAAUGGUGGUGCCAAACCAAGGAAGGUGGAGGCAGCUCUGGUUCUACUUGCGCCUGCCUCAGAUAUACCAAUUCCUACUGGCGCCGCACCUGCACCCAACGCUGCAAGUCCAGAAAACGUUGAGGUUCAGUGCUACAACUGUCACACGACUGCAACUCCUCUGCGGAGGAAGGACACUGAAGGCAAGACCAUUUGCAAUGUAUGCAGCCUCUACUACAAGCUUCAUGGCUCUGCUCAUCCCAUUAGUAUGAAAUCCGAUAUUAUUCAGAAGCGCUCUCGACACGACGCUCGUGCGCUCUCCCUCCCCCUCUCAGAUGUAUCAAUCCAACUGUCAUCCGUCCCUGUAACUGACCAACUCAAAGAUUUCCUUCACACGACCUCACAAAUGCAUUCCUACGACAGCUCACAUAUCCCAUUCAUCAUAACCACCCCCCUCGUCCUCCUCCACAUGAGCCUCGCAGUGCUGCACACACCAACCCUCCUGCCACGUGUAGGCGUGCAUACUGCUGCCUAUGUCGGUGUCUUGGUCGGCCUCAUGUCCUUUUUCGCGGGCUUGGCUGUUUGGGGGGCAUUGUCUUAGGUUUGCGUGGG